AUGACGGCUGCAGAACCGAGGCCGGCGGCUGCGGCUCGUCGACGGCCGUCCCUCGGGCGCAAGCCCACGGGGACCCCAUACGUCCCCGCGCUCAGCCGUUUCCUCUUCCACGACGACGGCCGCGUCACCCCCAGCACCCACGCCUACCGCCCAGAGUCCACCAGGGGAGGCGGCGGCCACCGUGGAUUGGCCGGCCACGCGGCGGCGCCGCAGGCGUGGUCGUUCAAGGUCAAGCGGCCGGCUCCCAGACCCCCGGAUGGCCCCGGGCUAGGCACGCGCAGGCCUGCUUACAACAACGAGACCGAUCCCUGCUGCUCGUCUUCUCCAGCCGGGGUGAGGUUUGGGGCCGGACGCGAGGACAUGUCCAGUAGUGUUUCGGGGGUCUCGUGGGUGGAGGCGGAGGAGAGGGCGGCGAGGGGGGAGGCGGGCGGCCGGAGUGCGAGGCUGUACCUCCCCGACAGGGACCGCAUGGGCUCGAGAGCGUUCAUGUGCUCGAGGUAGUUGCCCAGGCCGGGGACCCAAGGGCCUAGGUAGCAGAUAGUCGUCCGUUUCAUGAUGUGUGUGUGUUCAUUUUUAGCAUCUAGUCGUUCGUUUUAUGAUGCGUUUGUAUUUAUUGUUCGCAUCGACCGCGCUAACCGGUUGACCAAUGAAAAAACGUCAGUCUUAGUGCGGUUGAAAACACAAAACACUCCGAUCUAUCUGCCAUGAGCUGGGACCCCGUGAAGGGGCAGCAUGGGGGUGGCUAAACUAUCCUCCGGAUCAAAGACAGAAACGGUAUCAACAGGAGAAAACUACACGCGUCUACCAAGGCUGUUACCCUGCACUCGAGUUCGUUUUGGAGUGCUUUCACCACUAUGUCUUUAUUUGUUUUGCAUCGACCAGCCCAUUUUUAUAAAUAACAACAUAUUCGCCUGAUUGAGAGCGUAGCAUCUGAUUCAGAGCGAGAUUGCGCGAUACGCUGUAGCCGGAAAACCACUGAGAGGUGGAGCUUGCUGUGUAGCUUGAAUUGAAGGGCUAGCCCGUAGCUUCAAGCCGCUACCCUGGUCAUCCUGUGGGAGUCUCUCGUUGUGGAGCUACAGCGGGGAGCAGAAGCUACAGCAGAGCCCACCGCCCGACGCGAUACCGCCCUGAAACAGUUUGAGCAGAAAUAGCCAAUCUGGGCAAAUCUAGCAACUUGUCUAGCUCCUCGCUGCAGCAUCCGAUGACGAUGACACGCAUAUGCUCGCGAAGCUGCUGAUGAGACCUUCAAUUUGCACCGCAUCUUGGAAUAGCCCGUCCCCUACUUGCCAAGAAAUGGCAAGAGGCGUCUGGACCCGAAAUUUCAAUUUUUUUGGCUCUCGCUCUCAAUCAGAUACUUCGCUCUCAAUCAGGCGAAUAUGUUGUUAAAUGUCGUCAGUCUCCAGCGAAGCCAGCACAGAAUGAGUUGUGUGCUACAAUAGGACCUUCCCCACUAAAAAAACAUCCAAUACGCGUUGGUUCUCCUUCACACGACUGCAUUGUGUCGUAUGAUGUGUUGUUGUUUUGGAUGCAGCAAGGUUGGGACGCACCUCUUGGCAAACGUCACCCGCACUAUAGCAACAAACGUUGCUGCUGUAUGUAGGGCUCACAACGACGAACGUAGACGUCACAGGCGGACCAGUCCAACACAUCACGGCUGAACGACCAUGUGGGUGAAAUCACCCGUCAUCCAAGGACCUUUGGUCGUCCCGGCUCAAGUUUGUUUUUUGCCAACAAUUGAUGUGUAGCUGAAAGCUGUGUGCGUCUUGCAUCUCAUCUAAUCUGAACGUCAUUGUUCCACGUCUGGGCAUGUUUGGAAGCGGAAAUCAGGGGUCAUACAGAAGGACUCCGCACGGCAGCUUUUCGUGAUGGGUAGAGCCAAAUAGAACAUGCUUGAUGAUGGCCUUGCAGUACGGUCACAGAAAGGACGAUGAGCCUCGAAAUGGGAGCGAGAGUUUGGCGCGGACAUCUCUAUGGUCCAUGCACAACAAUCUGAGAUUCCCUCCCGUAUCGGCAUAACUUGAUGUGUUCUUACAAAUACCUUUGGCGCCGAAGCAAAAAAAUGUACCAGGUAGAGCAGUAGCUACUCGCACGAAAACUUAGUGUUCCUCCAAAAGACAUCAAAUGCUUUAGUGGCGAUUGGCGUGAGGAAUCAUUUGCCGCAUUCUUCUUCGAAAACCUUACUACAGCGGGAUCUAGCACAUUGCGUCCUCAAACCAAAAACCAAAAAACACCCAUCCAACCAAGGCCAAAACAAAACACACACUAGGCUAAUCUAUGCAUAAUAUCGGCGUGAAAACUUCUGAAAUCUGAUAUUUGUGAAUGUAGUCAAUUAAACAAAGCAAAGUCUUUCGCUUCGAGCAAUGGACAACAGACUUGCGGGAAAAAUGGGAACGUACCCAAAAAUGAGAAUGGGCGUUUGUUUUUAGAAAGCAAACCACGCCUUUGCAACUCCCCCCAUAAAAGUUGACAGUGCUGUAGGUCUUUACAGCAGCUUUCGAAUGAGCUGUUGCUCAAGCUGUAUGUCCUCGGCAUCGCCGAGGUAGCCAGCAUCGCGAAAAAUCAGGUCGAAACCAGCACGAAUCGCUUUUUGCGCCCGUGAG